AUGUAUUUGAAGCAAUUAAAUUUGAAGCAGCAGGGAAAAAACGGAACUAUGAUUAGUAACUACGAUCAUAUUCAGGGCUUUAUAUCAAGGCUUCAACUUUGGUCCCAAAAAGUAAUUUCUGGAAAUCUAAUAUGUUUUCCUCGACUACAGGGAACAAUUAAAAAUCAAAGACUGGGCGAAGACGUUAAAACUGAUAUAGCAGCUUAUUUGAAAGCGUUAAAACACGAAUUUCAACGAUAUUAUAGCGACAUUAAUUCAGAAUCACCAAUAUGGCAUAUGACAAGAAAUCCAUUUGUGGUCGAUGUCUUACAAUUACCAGAAGAUAUUCAGGAAGAAUUUCUAGAAAUGAAGGCUGAUUCUAUCAUGAAAGAUGACUUCCACCUCUUCACAUUGGUGAAGUUUUGGAUAAAACGUUUCCUCCUUAAUCCAAAAGUUUCUUCUCAUGCUUUGCAAAUAAUUGUGCCGUUUUCCUCGACUUACUUAGGUGAAACAGGUUUUUCAGCAUUGGUUAAAAUCAAAACUAAGCAGCGAAAUCGUCUUGCCGUCCAUAGUCCAUAG